GGCUCCGGCAAGACGUACGGGCAGACGGACAGCAAAGGAGCUGCUAUGGCUACCAAGAGGGGCAAGUCAGGUGUCCCACAGGCAGCCCCCCGGAGUGAGCUGCGGGUCUUCAGGGCAGGUAGCUCCGAGGGGCGUCUGCCCGUGCCUUCCAAUCUCCGUAAGCAGAAGUCCCUCACCAACUUGGCUGUGCUCACUGAUGCCGAGAAGAAGAGGCACCUAUACCAACCCGAGUGGUGCGAUGACAUGGCCAAGCCUGGCGGUGCCCACCUAAAGGCAGGCAAGGCAAGGCCGAGUGGUGGGGGCGGGGCGGCGCAGCUUUCGCGCAGCCUAUCCAAAUCUGAGCACUCGCUCUUCCAGGGAAAACCCAAGCCCUUCAGCCCUCUGGCAGCACCGUCAGCCUUGGGCAAACAGAGUCGCAUCCCACGUGGCCCGUAUGCUGAGGUCAAACCCAUCAGCAAGGCUCCUGAGGACAGCAAGUCAGACGAUGAGAUCUUGUCCUGCAAGGCCAAGGCAAAUGGAAAGAAGGUUGAAGGAACCUCAGGGGAGCCAGGGGCCAAAGGCCAGGGGGAUGAGGGGGACGAGGGGGAAAAGCCCUUCCUGAAAGUGGACCCAGAGCUGGUGGUUACGGUGCUUGGGGACCUUGAACAGCUGCUCUUCAGCCAAAUGCUGGAUCCAGAAUCCCAGAGAAAGCGUACUGUGCAGAAUGUUCUUGACCUCAGGCAGAACCUGGAAGAUACCAUGUCGAGCCUGCGAGGGUCGCAGCUCAGCCACAGCUGCUUGGAGAGCAACGUGGGCUAUGACAGUGACGAAACAAACGCCCGCAGCAUCUCUAGCAUGUCCAACCGCUCAUCACCACUCUCAUGGCGCUAUGGCCAGUCAAGUCCUCGCUUGCAGGCGGGUGAUGCCCCAUCAUCCACAGGUGGUGGCUACCACGGUGGACCUGGAACUGCACAGUAUGCCUCGCAUACUAUGCCCAUGCGCAGCCCCAGCCGAUUAAGUCACACUUCCCGCAUUGAACUGGUGGAGAGCCUAGAUGUUGAUGACAGUGACCUCAAGUCAGGCUACCUCAGUGACAGUGACCUGCUCAGCAAGAGUCUGCAUGAGGAUGACGAUGAUGACCUGGCCAAUGGCUGGGAUGAGAGCAGCUCCAUCAGCAGUGGCCUCAGCGAUGGCUCGGAUAACCUCAGCUCCGAGGAGUUCAAUGCCAGUUCCUCCCUCAACUCGCUGCCCACCACGCCUGUAAGCUCCCGGCGCAACUCCUCUGUCGUGCUGCGCACAGACGCUGAGAAGCGCUCCCUGGUGGAGAGCGGCCUGUCCUGGUACAGCGAGGAUGGCAAGGGUCACCGCAAGGCCGGGGGUGGUGGCUACGACACAGGCAGCCUCAAGACGGAGUCCUCCAGCAAGUGGAGGAAGUCCCGCCUCUCUGAAGGUGGGGGUGAGGAUGCCGGGGGAAAGGGAGAGCUGAAGAAACCACAAAGCCUUGGUCAUCCUGGUAGUUUUAAGAAGGGACGCAACCCUCCAGUGGGGGUCACUUCCCCAAUCACACACACUUCGCAGAGCAUGCUGAAAGUCGCAGUAUCAAAGAGUGACCAGAAGCCAGUGGACAAGGCCAAGAUGGUCAUAAAGGCUGCUGGCCUGCAGCGUUCCUGCUCAGAUGCAGGGAAGGACCGUGGCGAACACCGCAAGCCCCCCUCAGGCCUUGUCCGCCCUUCUGCUGGUGGCUCCUUUGGGUACAAGAAGCCCACUCCUGCGACUGGCACCGCCACAGUGAUGACAGCAAGUGGCGCCACCAUCUCCAGUGGCUCAGCCACCGUUGGCAAGACGCCCAAGUCCUCAAGCAUCCCUGUGAAGCCAGUGGGUGGCAGCAGUGGUGCGGGAGGCCGUAAGAACAGUCUGGACGCAUCUAGCUGUGACCAGGGCUUCCUGUCACCCAAUGCCCGCAACAACAUCCAAUACCGCAGCCUCCCACGACCGGCCAAGUCCAGUGCCAUGAGCCUCACCGGGCGUCCUGCUGGGCGGCCUGUUAGCAGCAGCAUCGAUGCCAGCCUGCUCAGCCUCAAACCUGUAGCCACACCCACGCUGGCUUCAGGCUCCAGGCAGAAGGAGCUGGGCAAGCCUAUCUCACGUCCUGCUGCCAGCCCUGUCAACCAGACUGACCGGGAGAAAGAGAAGGCCAAGGCUAAGGCAGUGGCAUCUGACUCAGAAUGUGGGCUCCAAAAAUGUGACUCCCCCCAGACCCAGGUAUCCGGGGACAGCAGCAGCAAGCAGCUGGGCCUGCGCCACUCCAGUGGGAGCAAGUAUUCUGAACUGUCCUCUCCCACUACCCCGAGGCUGCUGAGCAGCAAGUCACUAGGGAGGCCACCCAGUCUGGCUCACCUGGACAAGGUCAACUCUAACAGCCUGGACUCCUGCAUGGCUCUGCAUGACCUCCCACCCAAGGUUCCACCCUUUUCCAAGCUCCAAGAUCUGGCAGGCUCUACAGUCCCACCAAGGCUGACUCCCAGCCCUGCACCCGUGCUCCACAUUGACUCCCCCAGUUGCUUCUCGGGGCAGCCCCUAAGUCUGGGUGGGUCACCUCUGCUCUACCCCAAACUGUCAGGACUGCACCAUAGCAUGGAGUCCCUGCCUCUGAACAUGAGCGUGCCAUCCAGCCCUGCUCUGCCCAGUGAGCAAGAGCAAGAAAAGGCUCCCGGGACCUGGAGUGCUGGAAGCAGGGCUUCUCUUACCCUGCCAGACAGUUUACCAAGAGACAGGAACACCCUACCCAAAAAAGGACUAAGCCGUUAUGGCUCUGGUCAGCCUGAGGAGGAGGGCAAGGAGAGACGCCACUCACACACCAUCGUGAGCAUGAUGGACUCAGAGACACCGCCGCAGCUGCCCUCUCCCACCUCCAGCCCCGUGGCCAUCUCAGGGAAGGCUCCCCUCACUAAUGUUGUGGCACCCACCCCCAGCGCUGGCACCCCCCGCAUGACCCGCUCCAACAGCAUCCCCACUCAAGACGCCGCCUUUGAGAUCUACGGCACCUCCCCGCUGGGUAGCAGCCUGUCGCUAGCCGACCGGCCCAAGAGCAUGAUCCGUUCCGGCUCAUUCCGUGAGCCUGGGGAUGAUGUCCACGGCUCGGUCCUCUCCCUGGCAUCCAGCGCUUCAUCUAACUAUUCCUCGGCUGAAGAGAGGAUGCAGGGCGAGCAAAUCCGAAAACUUCGGCGGGAGUUGGAGUCAUCCCAGGAGAAGGUGGCCAGCCUUACCAACCAGCUCUCCGAAAAUCAGCUUGGCCAGGCAAACCUGGUGGCAGCGUUCGAGCAGAGCCUUGCACUAAUGACCUCACGACUGCAGUCCCUUUCUGCCAGUUCCGAGCAGAAGGACUCUGAGCUGGUGGACCUGCGCGAGACGAUCGAGGAUCUGAAGGCCAAGAACACAGAGGCUCAAGCCAUCAUUCAGGGGGCGCUCAGCAACCCUGAUAAUGCCCCCAAAGAGCUGCACAUCAAGCGGCAGAAUUCCUCAGAAAGCAUCUCCAGCCUCAACAGCAUCACCAGUCACUCAAGUAUUGGGAGCUGCAAGGAUGCUGACAAGAAGAAGAAGAAGAAGAGCUGGCUGAGAAGCUCCUUCAAUAAAGCUUUCAGCAUCAAGAAGGGCCCGAAGUCUGCAAAUUCAUACUCAGAUAUUGAGGAGAUUGCCACGCCUGACUCCUCUGCCCCCUCGUCCCCAAAGAUGUCUCAUGAUGCUGGUGAAAACCCAACCUCAUCCAUCAAGUCAUCCACUUCUAAUUCAUCCUCAGUAAUCUUUGAGGGUAAUGAGGAGGCAGAAAACGAGGAGAAGGUGGUGUCAGAGCUGCGCUCGGAGCUGUGGGAGAAGGAGAGGAAGCUGACGGAUAUCCGCCUUGAGGCCUUGAGCUCUGCCCAUCAGUUAGAGCAGCUACAGGAGGCCAUGAGCAAUAUGCAGAUGACAGUGGAGAAUCUGAAAGCAGAGAAUGAUCAGCUGAAGACAGGGGGUCCAACUCUUGGUGCGUCCAACUCCACAUCCCAGUCCUCAGGAUUGGCAGCACUGAUGGCCUCAUCACCCAGACAAUCCAUGUCUGCAUCUUUCACAAAGUCUUUCAGCCUAAGCCUCAGUGAAGACCCAGACACCUCCAGAAUGUCAGGCCUACCUUCUCAGAGGGAUGACAUUCGCAUGCGCGUCCUGGUUCGCAUUGCUGACCAAAAGGUUUUUAAAGAUGAUGUGAAACAGCAGGACUUCUUCAUAGGAUUGGUGAAAGUCAAUGGGAGAACAGACUGGACCAUGUUAGAUGCAGCGAUCAUCCAAGUUUUCAGGGACUACAUAAGCAAGGUGGACCCUACUUCCAGCCUGGCCUUGUCCACAGACUCUAUCUACAGUUACCAGGUCAAUCACAUGAAGAGGAUUCUGGGCACCGAGGCCCCUGAAGCCCUACCCUCCCGUUGCAUGGGCAAGGGUGCCAGCUGCAUUACGAUGGCUCUAAAAGGCCUGAAGGAGAAGUGUGUGGAUAGCCUUGUGUUUGAGACUCUUGUCCCCAAGCCCAUGAUGCAGCACUACAUCAGCCUGCUGCUGAAGCACCGACGCCUCAUCUUGUCAGGACCCAGUGGGACUGGAAAGACCUACCUCUGCUCCCGGUUAGCUGAGUACCUGGUGGAACGCAGUGGCCGUGAGGUCGUAGGGGGCAUCGUGGUCACCUAUAACAUGCACCGGCAGUCCUGCAAGGAUCUGCAGCUAUACUUGUCUAACCUUGCCAAUCAAAUUGACCGGGAGACCAACAUAGCAGACAUCCCAUUAGUCAUUAUCCUGGAUGACCUUAGUGACGCAGCAUCCAUCAGUGAGCUGGUCAAUGGUGCCUUGACCUGCAAAUACCACAAAUGUCCAUAUAUUAUUGGAACUACCAACCAGCCUGUGAAGAUGACUCCCAACCAUGGUCUCCACCUCAGCUUCAGGAUGGUGACCUUCUCCAACAAUGUAGAGCCAGCCAAUGGGUUCCUGGUGCGCUACCUGCACAGGAAGUUAAUGGAGGCAGAGAAUGAGAGCAGCUUGGCAAGCGAGGAGCUGCUGAAGGUGCUUGACUGGGUGCCCAAACUCUGGUACCACCUACAUACCUUCUUGGAGAAGCACAGCACCUCUGACUUCCUCAUUGGACCCUGCUUCUUCUUGUCCUGCCCUGUGACUGUGGAAGAAUUCCGCUCCUGGUUCAUUGAUCUGUGGAACCAUUCCAUCAUUCCCUACCUACAGGAAGGUGCUAAAGAUGGAAUCAAGGUCCAUGGUCAGAAGGCAGUGUGGGAGGACCCAGUGGAGUGGGUGAGGGGUACCCUGCCGUGGCCAUCAGCCCAGCAGGACCAGGCCAAACUUUUUCAUCUUCCACCUCCCAGCACAGGACCUGACAGCCCAGGGCAGCCCAAUGAGGAAAGGCCCAACAAGGAGACCCCACCGAGCUCUCUAGAGUCUGACCCCUUGAUGGCCAUGCUGUUGAAACUACAGGAGGCAGCCAAUUACAUUGAAUCUCCUGAACGAGAAACGGUGACAGAUCCCAGUCUCCAAUCCACGCUUUGAGCUUCAGGGCUAUCAAGGCUGAACAUUUUUGAUGGCUACAGCUGUUAUUUUCAGUCCAAGGACAAGGAAAUGACUUGUCAGACAUAGUCUGAUCUGUAUGUAGUGGAACUCAAAUAUAGUGCUAUUAGAAAAACAAUCUUCUCAUGCAAAAAUUUAAAAACAAAAAAUUACUAUUUCUACUGUCCUUUUGAAAUUUUAUUUACACGACAGAUGCAUGGCAAUCGUUGCAACACGUAGACAAGAACUUUUGAAUGUUUUGUUAAUUUCCUCAAAAAAAAAAUUGUAUUAGAGGUUUUAUUAAUUAAAGAAAACUCUGAUCAGGAACCAUUACUGUUCCACUGCUGCUGCUCUCCAUACCACUCAAGGAAACAGGUGCUCACUGAGCACUUGCAGUAUUAUUACUUGUUGUUGGUCCUCACAACAUGUAGACAGAGAGAUGAGCAAACAGAAAUGGCAAAGACACAUCCUUGUUUAUUAAGGCAUAGCUGUAACUGGUUGGUGGUGGUGUCAUACACUAAUGUUGUUACUACCACCUGAUCAGCUCCAAGCGAAUUUUAAGUGACCAGCCACCAAUCUCAAGACUUCUUCAUUCUUGAGAAAGACAGGAUUGCAAAUGGCAUAUGUUAAAUUGCAGUGUUGAUUUCCCUCUUGAAAAAGAGAUUCUGCAGUGUUGGCAUCGUGUUCCAUCUGAUAGGUCGUCCUUAUUUUGGGACUCAGUGACAUAAGCUGUGAGAAGGCUAAGCCACAAACAUA